AUGUGACACGUAUUAAUGCCAAAACAACAUGCAAAACAGCCAAAAUCAUAGCUAAACAGGUGGGGCUCUGUCCCGCCUGCCCUGAAUGAUGUGUCGCCACUGACAAUAGAAAUCCCAGAUCACACUUAUAGGCAAUGUUAUGGCGAUGUUAGCUAGUUAAACUCAUGCACAGAAACGCGUCAUCAGGUAUAAAGGUAAUCUCGUGCUGAACUGCACAUGUGCAGGCCUUCAAUUCAUAGGCACUCCUUCGAUAUAAACCUGGUCUGUUCGGUCUAUUUCGCAAGUGUUCCGGGAAGUCUCGCCAUUUUGCCUCUCUGGAUUCUACAUAUUGCCAUGCAGUGUGUUACACUUGGGACUGUGGGAGCAAGGGAGGAGAAGAUCAGGGGGUGUGGAUGAUGAGGGGAAAGAAACUCAGAACAGUUACCAACAACUCAGCUCUGAAAAUGGACGUGCAGCAUGGUCCUUGAAUGCAUGCCGUAUUUUAUGUAUUCAAGAUGAGUUGGAUAUCCUUUCUCUGUCUGGCCACGGCCUUUCUGGACCUCUGUAGGGGACACAACACUUUGUUUGAAGGAUAUGACCUGUCUAUGUCCAGCUACCACCUGUGUACUCGACAUGAGAGCACAGUGGUGAGUAAAGUGUUGUCCUAUAAGAUCUCUUAUACGGUCAGGAGGUCAUGUGGCGGCUGGCUACCCUGGAAGAUGUGUGAGGUCACUGUUUACAAAAAGGCCUAUCGGACUGAGUACAUGAAUGUCACCAAAGACGUUUUGAGGUGUUGUGAUGGCUAUGAACAAGUGGGAAGCUACUGUGCUUUAUCUAUGAACAGAAGUGGAGAGUUCACUGCUAAGCCAGGGUCCUGUCCUGAAGGUGUCGUGGAGGCACCCAGGAGUGGAGGGUGUGAAUGGGACUUAGACUGCCCAGGCUGGCAAAAGUGCUGCCAGAGAGAAGGCCUUUCUCUCUGUAUGGACCCUCAGUCUGCAGGCGGUAGAGGCUGGUGCUUUCACGUCACUGUGACAGUGAAGACAGAUUACCAGCGGCUGAUAUCCAUGGACGGGGGAAUCCUGAACCACACAAGGCUGCUGCACUCUGUGGUGACUGGAGCGCUGGACUCUUAUGACGUCUCUGUAUACUAUAUCAGCUCCUGGCCUAUAUGGCCAUUUAGAACCUCCUCCUCUCUGCUGAUUAGUUCCCCUGAAAUUCUGUCCCUGUCCAACACGACCACAAAGCUGCACCUUCUUCUCAUACACAUUGAAGAAGUCACCUCGGUGUCAGUUGAAGACAUGAAUGAGUGUAGCCAUGCCGCUCUCAGCAGCUGCUCACGUCAGGCAGACUGUACCAACACAGAGGGCUCCUACAGCUGCACCUGCCAUCCAGGAUUAAUUGAUCUCAACCCCAACAACAAAGGGGUACACUGCCAAGCUGCUGACCCUGUGACCUCACCCAUGCCCAGUAAUGCCACUCAUAUGUUCUGGUGGGCCAAUGCUACAGAGUUGCCACCCAACAGCACCAGCUAUCAGUCCCAGGUCUCCAGCUUCACUGAUACCCCAACAGCUAUAGCUACAACCACAGACAGGAGCAUGAUGCUGAGCUCGACCCAUAUACAUGCUGCCACACAUAACCCAGUUAAAGCCAGCUCCAACAGGUCUGAGACCAGUACCGCAGUGAUACCCUCGAGUACUGUAUUGACCUCCAGCAGGCCUGAAAUCAGUACAGCUCUCACAUCCUGGAGUAGUUCCACCUCACUCCAGCAUACCACUAACCCCAACUCUCCAACCCCAACCCUCUCCACCUCGGCCCCCUCUGUACCGGCAUGGCAGACACAUCACCAGCAGACCAGCACUAUGCCACAAACCAGCCUUGAGCCCACUCUGAUGGUGUCCCUGAGUGUAUCACCACCAUCUCCAUCAACAUGCAACCCCGCCCCCAUCACCAACCUGCAGGCUUCCAACGUCACUGGCUCCUCCUUCUGCGUGUCCUGGAUGACUGGCCAAUCCCAGAGCGGGUUUAGCUUUCUGGUGGUGCUGAUGGAGGGGUCAAAGGUCAGGGGACGCUGGGAGACGGGGCUGUCAGUCUGGGAGGUGACAUUGUUGAAGCCUGGGGUUCUCUACAACGUUACUGUCAUUUCCUGUCCCCAUGGGAGCCAGGGGGCCAGCCUGCUGCUGCUGGUUAAGACUGCUGCACAGACACUUGGAGCAACAGCUCACCUGACCAAUGUGCAGUUCACUGAUGCCCUGCUGGACCCUACUAGCCAGGCGUAUCAGAAUCUUAGUCGUAGUAUUAUGGAAGAGAUCCUCCAGUCUCUCCCUCCUGAUAUUCUGGCCCUGGUAAACUCAGGAGAUGUGAGGGUUCAGAUCACAGGCCUGGCCCCUGGCAGUGUAGUAGUGAACUUCACCAUCAUCUUCACACCCAGUCAGUCCCAGGACAUCCUGAAAGUGUCCUCUGCUCUGAUGCAGGCCCUACAGAACAGCUCCAGAUACACAGUUGACAGCAACAACACCAGCAUAAAUGAUGUUGAUGAGUGCAGUACAGGGGACAUGGACUGCUCCCCAUGGGCCCAGUGCACUAACACCUGGGGCUCCUACAGCUGUCUCUGUCUGGAUGGAUUCACGGACUCUAACCCCUCUAGGCCGGGACGGGUCUGUUCAGCUCCUUUGACCACAACCACACCUAUGUCCACAACCACACCUAUGUCCACAACCACACCUAUGUCCGCAACCACACCUAUGUCCACAACCACACCUAUAUCCGCAACCACACCUAUAUCCACAACCACACCUAUAUCCGCAACCACACCUAUGUCCACAACCACACCUAUAUCCGCAACCACACCUAUGUCCGCAACCACAACAAACACUCCCGUUACAACCAGCAAUACAGUGUCAACCACUACCACCUACAAUACAACCUCAAUUACAUCCAACAAUACAGAUGCAGCUGCAAUGAACGCAACAGUUACAACCAAAACUCCAGUCACAAUCACAACCAUGGCGCCAGUUACAACCUCAACCAUCACUGAAGUUCCUACAAAAAUGACCAGCGGUCUCAUCAAAACCAGUCUGCAGCCUGAGACUCCUACAUCUCUGGCUCCUCUGGUCUCUUAUACGGAAGCCAUCUCAGUGGAGUGCAGGGCCAGUGCCAUCACGGUGACAGUGGCCAGGGACUUCCUGUGGUCGGGGCACAUUGGGGACUCUUCCCUGUUCCUAGGGAGACAGGAGUGUGGCGUGAACGGAGGGAACAGUAGCCACGUCCAGCUGACGGUGGCUUGGGACGAGUGUAACACACAGCUCUUAUAUAACAGCACUCACUACACUGCUCAGGUGAAUCUGUACAACUCUAUGAGCUCUCAGCUCUUGCCUGACGACACUACAAGGGUUCCCACAGUACGGCUGAAGGUCCCCAUCAUGUGUACCUUCAGGAGGAGCAUCAUCAUCUCCUCUGGUUACAGCACCACAGGGUAUGAUAUGAUCAAUGAUGCUGUCAUGGGCUCAGGGACGUUCUACGUGACAUUUCAGCUCCUGAAUGGAAUGUCACCCCUCCCCCAGAACUACAGCCUGUCUCCUGAGGAGGAUGUUGUGGUCGAGGUCAGCGUUGACUCCACGGUUGCCCAGAUCAAAGUGGUCAUCAACAAGUGCUGGGCCACCCAGAGCAGCAACCCCUUAGAACCAACAACCUAUGUUUUUCUGGAAAACAGCUGUCCCCUCCCAAACACAUACACCACAGUCGUGGAGAACGGCAACUCCAGCAAGUCUCGCCUGUCUCUUCGCAUCUUCUCCUACAUUAACCUGAAUGUCAUCUACCUGCACUGCCAGAUUCAGAUCUGUAUCGAGACUGGCUCGGCCACCUGCCAGCCUGAUUGCUUUGGGCGGAGAGAAAGAUUCUCCAAUCUAAUUGGAACAGCAAAAUCAUCCUGUGGACCAUUGCUUCGAUCACACAAAGUGUCCGUCGAAGAGAGAUCUGAUACUCUUCGUCUGGUGGGCUACAGUUUACUGGGAAUAGGACUAUUCCUCCUCUUUAUCGGGAGUCUCUCUUCCUUGUUCUUCAGCCACAGGAAGCGAAUUGGAACCUACAGUUUCAGCCUCAAACCCAAACAAGAUAACUAUACCUAUCAUGUUUUCAAUACUUAGUGCUGGAACACUUUUAGGCUAGUUUUAGGGAACUCAAAGACAUAGUAAAGUUGGUAUUUCAUUUCUUCAAGCUGUUGCCUAGUAGUCAGAAAUGAAGAGGUCAAUACAGAUAAUUUUGAUUAAACUAAGGCAUAUUAUUAAAAAACUAAGUGUAUCAAAAGGGCAGAAAUCAUUAUUAAUUUGGAUGACAUCAGGGUCUCUUCAAUUUUUUUAACAUUGAUACAUUUAAAUACAUACUGUAUACAAAGCACUGUUUGCCUUGGAAAUUAAUGUUGUCUUGUUAGGAUUUGUAUAGUAAAUCUUAUUUAAAAAAUAUAAUAUAUUCUGCAAUCCCUUCAUUUUCUUUUAAACUGAUAUUUUUCUAUAACUGAGAAAAUCUACCAUUUAUCUACCAUUUAUCCUGAAGUCUUCUAAAGUCAAUAGCAGACACAUCCUGAAAUAUUGACCUGCUAAAAUAUGUGAAAUAUGUUCAUAAACGAACAACUAGAAAUAAAAAGGAAUUAUUUGUAUAUUGGAACAUUUGUAGCAGAGGAAGAGAAUAUUUCCCCAAUCUUUAUUUAUGAGGUGAAAUGUUGAAUUUGUGAUACAAUCUAAGAACUACUGUAAUGAUCCAUACACUAGAGGACACUGUUGGGUCAUUGCAUUAAAAAAAAUUAAAACAUAGGU